AUGGACCAAGCCAAAGCCGCAGUCGGAGAAUUCCAAACUUUCAAUCGCAUGAUGCACUUCGGCCCUGGUGCCCAUGCCCUCACCUUCCCUGUCGCCGGCGGUAACAUCCUCAACGUUGUUGCUUUUGUCACCGACCCAGACCAGUGGAAAGCUCCAGAUGGCAAGCUCACCGCACCAGCGUCGAAGGCUGAAGCAGCAAAGGCUUUUUCCGCGUUCAGCCCCGUUGUGCGCAAGAUCAUAAAUCUACUCCCUGAUACAAUCGAUAAAUGGGCUGUGUUCGACACUGGAAUCCAUCCCCCUCCUUCCUACGUGUCUGGCCGUCUAUGUCUUGCCGGUGAUGCCGCACAUGCUGCUGCACCUCACCACGGAGCAGGUGCUGGCUGCGGUAUCGAAGACACACUAGUCCUGGCCUGUCUCCUGGAAGCCGUUGCACGAUCUAAUCCAGCCGACCGAUCAACAGCCAUACGAUCCGCCCUACAGGUCUACAAUAACAUACGAUACGAGCGAACACAGUGGCUCGUCCAGAGCAGUCGCAUGAUAGGCGAUGUGUACGAGUUCAUGCAUCCCGAGUGCGGCCAAGAUCACCAAAAGAUCGCCCACGAGAUCUACACACGCUCACACAAGAUAUGGGACUACGAAGUCGAUGCCAUGGCGCAAGAUGCACUCCACCAGUUCGGAAGCGCAGUAAAGAACACCCCAUCGCUCACAUCGGCUAUCCCGUACAUCACUGACGAAUUCAACUCGCUCCUCAAUGUUGGUUGGUAUGGCAGUGCCUACCAGCUCGUCUGUGCGACAUUGCAACCCCUCACUGGCACCAUGUACGCCCGCUUGAACUCAAAGGUUCUGUUUCUUACCUUCUUCACCAUCUUCAUGGGCGGCUCUGCCAUUUGUGGUGCAGCGCAAAGUUCAGUGAUGCUGAUCUUGGGGAGAGCGGUAGCUGGUUUUGGUGCUGCUGGCAUUAUGAAUGGCGGCUUCACUAUGCUCAACUCUUGCGUCUCACCACAGCAGCGACCCGGGAUGCUUGGCAUUAUGAUGACUUUUGGCAAUCUUGGUGCAGCAGCUGGACCGCUCAUCGGAGGAGCGAUCACAGAAUACGCCACAUGGCGAUGGUGCUUCUACAUCAACCUCCCCGUCAGCGCCAUCGUCUUUCCCUUCUUAGUCUGGCUCAGAAUCCCUGAGCAUAUACCCAAGCCUCACUGGAAAGCCGUUCUCCUAAACGCACGUCAUGAAUUCAACCUCAUCGGCUUUUCCGUCUUCGCUCCCGCUGCCAUCAUGCUGUGGCUCGUACUGGACUUUGGCGGCAAUCGCUGGGAAUGGGACAGCUCUACCACUAUCGGUCUUCUCUGUGGCUCUGUCGCCACGUUCGCUCUCUUCACUGCAUGGAACAAUCAUCAAGGCGACAAGGCGAUGCUCCCAUUUUCCACUCUGAAGCUACGCGUCGUGUGGUCUAGCUGCUUGACAAUUCUCAUGCUAGCUGGAACACUGCUUGUUCUCACGUAUUACCUUCCAUUGUGCUUCCAGGGUGUGAGGGGAGACACUCCGUUCCUGAGUGGUGUGCACUUCUUGCCUACGGCGGUGACGCAGGUUGUGCUUACUCUGAUCAGUGGCCGGUUGAUUCAGGUGCUUGGAUACUACCUUCCUUUUCUCCUCGUCGGUGGUGUCUUGGGCACCAUCGGCUCAGGUCUCAUGACGCUCAUCUCGCCAUCGCUCAGCCUGGCCAGGAUCAUCGGAUUCCAGGUCCUAGCCGGAGUGGGCAGAGGUAUUGCAUUUCCUAUGCCCAUGAUCGCUCUCGAGAACUCCCUCCCACCCGCUCGCAUCCCCACCGCAAUAUCCACCUUCGUCUUCUGCCAGAACCUCGGCAGCGCUCUCUUCACCAUCAUCGCGCAAACCGUCUUUGCCAACUCGUUGAAAUCGAAACUCAGCGAGGACGCUCCUACAAUUGACGUAGGGGCUAUCAUCCGCGCUGGCUCUACUAAGAUGCGGACAUUGGUCACCAGCGAACAACUACCGCAGUUGCUCGAGGCGUACAGCUCGAGUAUCCGGAGAACGUUUAUCCUGGGCACUGCGACGAGCAUAGUCAGUCUUUUAGUGUCGUAUUUUAUGGGAUGGAAAGAUGUCAGGCACAAGAGGGCGCCUGUGGCAAAGACAUAG